UGGCCAAACUGGUAGAACUCACACUGGUAAGCACACAUAGAACUCGUGCUCUCCAGUCCCGAGCAAGACGUGUACAGAGCAAAGUGGGACCACAGGAUUUACACAGAUUCACACAUGCCACACAUCUGCUGAGGUCUCAAAAUGACAAAAGAUGGUCUCAGUCUCCAGCAUGAUGAGUGGAAAACGAGAGAUGCCGGGAUCUCCAGGCUGCCCGUCGGCUUAACAGCUCCAGACACCGGUCAGGAUGGUCGCGUGCCGAAUCGCACACGAUGGAGCCACAAAGCAGAAUUUGUGCUGGCCUGUCUCAGUCUGUCAGUUGGUCUGGGGAAUGUAUGGCGCUUUCCUUAUAUCGCGUAUGCCAACGGCGGAGGAGCCUUCUUGCUACCCUAUUUAAUCUUACUGCUCCUCUGCGGCAAACCGAUGUAUUUUAUGGAAAUAGCCUUUGGUCAGUACCACCAAGAGGGACCGGUGACCAUCUGGAAGCGAGUGUCGCCGAUUGCAAAGGGCAUCGGCAUUGGGCAGGUGGUUAUCCAGCUUCUGACGGCCAUGUACUACCUUAUCAUCAUGGCAUGGACAAUGUAUUACUUCUGGACGACAUUGGCUGCCGCUUGUCAAGGGCGACCAGUGCCGUGGAGCGGUGAUUUCUGCACUUCACCAUGGGCUAACGAAGACUCCUGUAUCGUUCUACAGAAAGCUCCCGAAAUCAACGCUACUGAUAUUCCAGUUGUCAGUUUUGAUACCAAUGAGGCGCGCAGUUUUAAGCGCUUUUCUUCGGCACAGCAGUAUUUCGAUCGGGUCAUCCUUAUGCGUUAUGAGCAAGGUGGGAACGAAUCUACAAAAUUCGGCCUCAAAACCAGUAUGGGUGGCAUCAACUGGUUCCUAACGGCCAAUCUCGCUGGUGUUUCGCUACUGGUCUUUCUGUCAUUGGUCAAGGGCAUUAAAUCAGCGGGAAAGGUUGUAUAUGUCACCUCAACUCUACCAUUCAUUGUGCUCAUUAUCCUUCUCGGAAUAGGAGUUGCGCAAGAAAACUCAGUAGAGGGAAUACUCUACUUCAUUACACCCCAGUUCAGCAAACUACUAAAGAUUAAUACAUGGCGAGAUGCUGCUGAGCAAAUGUUUUACUCACUGUCCGUUGGUUUUGGAUCGUUGGUAACGUUGGGUUCGUACAACCAGAGGAACAACAAUUGUUACCAGGACGCUCUGAUUGUCUCCAUUGCGGACACAUUAACCAGUAUCACAGCCGGUCUCAGCCUGUUCGCUAUUCUGGGUUAUCUGGCGGCAGCCACAGAUUCCCGUAUUGAAUCUGUAGCUGUUUCUGGACCAGGGCUGGCAUUCGUGACCUUUCCUGAAGCGGCCAGUUUGAUGUGGGGAUCUCAUUUCUGGGCAAUACUUUUCUUCCUUAUGUUGUUCACUCUCGGUUUAGGCUCUCAAAUUGGUACUUUGGAGACCGUGCUGACUGUAUUUUACGAUCGAUGGCCAUCACUACGAGCGAAAAAGCCACUGAUGUGUGGGAUAUUUUGUUUUGGGUGCUUCAUCUUGGGACUUCCCUUUAUGCUGCAGGGUGGUCUUGACCUUUUCGACAUCAUCGAUUCCUACGCCGGUGGAUUCAGUGUGCUUUUCACCGCAUUUUUUGAGGUUGUAAUUAUUAUGUGGGUGUAUGGUCUUAGCCGGUUCAUUGAUGACCUCAAAGAUAUGCUUGGCAAGCGAGGAGACGUUGGCUAUUACUGGAGAACCACUUGGGGCUUCCUGGCGCCACUGACUUUAUUCUUUAUUCUGGUUCUUUCAUUUAUCUUCUAUGCGCCACUUAAUCACGGCGAUACGCUGCCCGAAUGGGCCGAUUUCCUUGGAUGGGGACUCGCUCUGUCCUCCAUUAUACAGAUUCCCGCCUUUGCCGUUGUUGUAGUAUGGCAGACGCCGGGAAGAACGUUCUCUGAGAAAUUACACGAAGCUAUGUGGCCGCGGGAAUUUUUGCAGAACAAGACGACCGUUUCACCGAAUGAAAUACCUUUGUCGGAAAUGCAAACGGCUAAGUAUUUUGACAAUAAACGCUUGGAACAGUAGUGUGAUCGCGCCAACCGGGGAUUCAUUUAAACUGUGGGAAGGAAGCAGCAGAGAGAACUUCAUUCUACCCAGGGCGUAUAACAUAAACCGAAUUUCAGAAUGCGUCUGUUGCCAUCGUCCAAAAUUGGAUGUUAGUUGGUUGGAUUAAAAUAAGAAAGCGAUGCACAAUGUUGGUUAAAACCAAGAGCUACGAGACAAUUUCUCUUAAAUAGCGAGAAAAUUUGCAGAGACAAACUGCGGAUGGCAGUAAAUAACCGUUCGGCAGGCGUGUAUCGGUGAUUUAGGUAAACAGCGUGAUGCUAAGGCAUCCCGUUAUGACACUGGUUACCAUUAGAACCGCCAAAUGCUUCCCUCGUGCGUCCAUCGUCUGCCUGACCGGGUCUGGUUAUGUUGCAAGUUUCCGAAUUGUUUGACUCGGUAUGCAGACUAGAUCCACCGAUCUCCUGCAAAGAAAAAUUAAACCAAAUUACGUUUAAACUUAAAUGGAACUGCUAAGCAAAAUUACAGUACAUCUUAGGCUGAGAAAACAUUCUACGUUAUUAUACUGUCACUGCUUUGUUUAUUUCUAAUGUCGUGCAUUCACCGGAACCAUCGGAUGGGUGCCGCCGUUGCCAGUUAAACGAGCGUCUACAUGCCGCAUUAUCAUCUCAAGAACAAUAGACCAGAUGCGCAUAGGCG